AUGGCAUUAUGUGACAGCUGCAGGAAUGUAAAGCGCCGCGGCGCUGGCUCCCAGGGGCUCCUGCACCUGCUGCGGGGGGCUGGGGUGCGCGCCCCCAGAGUGCCCUCGGCAGGCGUCCACAGAGUGGGGGCGCCUGGGCCCGGCCGCUGCGGUCUCCUCUCUCAGCCGCCGCCGCCGAGUGGCUGCGCUCCCCGCUCCUUCCCGGCCCUGCCCCUCCCGCGAGCCCGGAGACCAGUAAUCCUGAGCAGCUGCCAUUCCACUCCCAACGGCCAGACAAGGGCCCCCGCCAGCCUGCCCACGCAAUGCUCUGUCUCCUGCUCAUCUUCUCAGGUCUUGGCCCGUUGGCAUCCGCGGCCCCGAGUAAGUGGGGAACCCUGGGGGGAGUUUCCCCUGCCCUUCCUCACCGCCUGGCCAGGCAGGCGGCCCCCUCCCUGCUCCACAGGCUCAGCUCUGAGCAGCCUCAGGGCCCAGGUUCAGGGCCUCAGCACCUCAGGGCCAGGGUCCGGGUCCGGCUGGGCCUGGUGCCUGGAGGGACAGGGCUUGGGUGCUAGAGGAGAAAUCAGAGGACGAGGGAAGUGGACGCUGCUAUCUCUGGCGGAUGCUAACGUGGUUUCCUUUGCUGCAGGUUCUGAAAUGCCACUUCUGUACCUCACAGUGCCGCAGAAGGUUGGGGAAACCAGCAGUGAUGACCAUUCUUCAGAAACAAAUUGUGGAACUCUAACAGUUGCUUUCUCUCUGUAUACUUUGGAGCAGGUCACUUAUUUACUCAAAAUUGAGGAGGAAACAUUCACUAUUCUUCUGAAAAGACAGUCAUUUUUACACCCACAUUUCCUGGUAUAUUCAUACAACAAAUCAAAAAGCAGGUAUUCAGAUACUUCACUCUUAAAGGCUCACUGCUUUUAUCAAGGACAUGUAGCAGAGAUUCCAAAAUCAUCUGUGAUACUCAGCACCUGCUCUGGACUCAGAGGAUUAUUGCAGUUUGAUAAUGUCACAUAUGGAAUAGAACCACUAGAAUCUUCAGUUACAAAUGAGCAUAUCCUGUAUCAAAUAAUAAUGAAUGAAACUGGUUAUACCUCCUUACAAGAAAUUCAGCCUGCAACUCAAUACGCACAGCAGUCCUACAAGAUUCUAGUCCAAUCAGAUCAAGAUUCAGAUAUUGUCCUACCAAAAAGAACUUUGAAAAUACACAUCAUCGUGGAUAAAGCCAUGUAUGAUUUUAUGGGAUCUGACGGGGCACUUGCAGCUGAAAAAAUUGUCCAUAUGUUUGGUGUUAUUAGUGCUAUUUUUUCCAAGGUCAAAAUAGCUAUUAUUCUGUCUUCUCUGGAGCUCUGGUCAGAUGAAAAUAAGAUUUCAACAAAUGGAGAUGCUGAGGAUAUACUACAAAGAUUCCUGUCAUGGAAACAAAAACUUCUGUCUCAAAGUCCCCAAGAAAUGUCUUAUUUAUUGAUUUACAGGGACCAGGCUACUUUUGUGGGAGCAACAUAUCAUGGAAGGCCAUGUGAUCCAAAGUUUGCUGCAGGAGUUGCUAUGUAUGAGAAGAUGAUAACUUUUGAGGCAUUUUCAGUUGUUAUGGUACAGUUGAUUGGAAUUAAUCUGGGAUUAUCAUAUGAUAACAUCUAUCAUUGUUACUGUCCAGGAACUACAUGCGUCAUGAAUCCUGAAGCAAUACUAUCCAGAGGUGUGAAGUUCUUCAGCAGCUGCAGCAUGGCUGAACUGAAACAAGCAGUGUCACAGCCUGAAUUUGGAUGUCUUCUGGAUACCAAAGUCUCAUCAGUGGUUUUCCAAGGAAAAACUGGAACUUGCGGCAAUGGAAUUUUGGAAGGAAGAGAGCAGUGCGAUUGUGGCAAAGCUGAGACAUGCAUAUACAAAAAAUGCUGCAAUCCCCAUGCUUGUGAGCUAAUUGGAUUUGCCGAAUGUGGAACUGGACCAUGCUGCAAUAAUAAAACUUGCCUAAUAGCCCAUAGAGGAUUAUCAUGUAGGAAAAGUACAGAUCCAUGUGAUUUUCCAGAAUAUUGUAACGGAACAAGUGAAAUUUGUGUACCUGACAUAAAAGCUGCCGACUUAGAACCAUGCCAGAAUAAAACUGCCUACUGCUAUAAAGGAAGGUGUCGAGAUUUAGAUAGACAAUGUGCAGACUUCCUUGGAGUGUAUGCUAGAGGUUCUACUUAUCUGUGUGGACAAGAAAUCAAUUUUCUACAUGACCAAUUUGGAGGUUGUCGAGGGCGAUUUUGUACUUUCACAUUUGCAAUGAAAGGCUCAACUGUCAGUGUGAUCCUGGAUUUGCACCUCCUAAUUGUGAGAGACUUCCGCUUUCGCCAGGUGGAAGUACCGAUGACGGGUUUUGGCUCCCGGCAAACUCAUGUCACCACCACCGCAAUCAUGAUAUUCAACUGUGCUCCACGGCUGCCUACCAUUACCACUUUAUCAACAUCAGAAGAGAGCGUUCACAGCACCAACAGCAUCGUGGAGCCCUACAGCUAA